AUGUCGAAGGCGAUCUCAUUUGGCUUCGGCAAACAGAAACCUGCCGGGAAUGCCAAAGGCGUCCCUCCGCCUUCUCGAAAAUCUGCGACUGGUCCAUCACGGACAGCGCUUCGCCAUGAUUCCGACGACGAAGACGAAGAAGAGCCUAGGCACGAGUCAGUCGCUGGAUUCACGUCAAGUGGUGCUAUUCUAAGUCAACCCGUACAGGAAACGAAAGAACUAGUCAUCAAAAACUUGGGCAAUGGCGACUGGCGAACACGAGGGCGCAAAAAUCUGCUUCCUGCAGAAGUCCAAGCACAACAGCAGGGUAAUGGUGUGGUCAUGGUUGAGCGGAAUGAAGUCAGCACAGCAAGCGGCCUCCAGAUGGCCGAGAAGAGCGACAAUAUGGAGGCACCGGCGACGAAUGGCGACCAAGAGGCGACACACACUGGCACCAAUAUACACGCGCCACCAAAAGAGUUGACCGCUGAUGAAGAGGCCUUAGCUGCGCUCCUGGACGACGGAACGGGGAAGCCAAACUCAAAUGCCAUCAUAAGCACGCUAGGAAACGUGCGACUCACCGGUCGAGAUGAGAUGGAAGAUUUCAGAGACGAUGUGGCAUCGAGGCCUGAGUCGAGUACGUUGGAAGACUACGCCGCCAUGCCUGUAGAAGAGUUCGGAAUGGCAAUGCUCAGAGGCAUGGGUCAGAAGCGACGUGCGAAUGGUGAGCUCAUCGCCCUCGAUCGUAAGGCCGACGACAAUCCUCGAAAGGUGCGCAAGCAGGAGGGCUUCCUUGGGAUUGGCGCGAAGAACGUGCCAGGAGCGGGUGCCGAGCUCGGUGCUUGGGGCAAGGCGGACAUGCGGAAAAACAACAAAGGGGAAGGCUUCUUCACGCCACUUAUGCGUGAAAAUAAGGCCACUGGCGAGAGGAUAUCUGAAGACGAAUUUCAGAAGAGGAUCAAAGAGUCUAAAGGCCAGAGCCGGACGAAUGAGAAAGAGGAAGAUUGGAAGGAGCGACGAGACCGUAAUUUGGAGCGAAGUGGAAGGGAUGCGGACCGCGACCGCAACGGCAAUCGAGAUCAAAAGUUGCUGAAGAAUGGAGAUGAGGGCUACAAAGAGCAGAUGAACUCAUUCUCCCGGUCGAGCACCUCGAAACGAGACGAUGGAGAUCAUUCUCGUUCAAGACGAGACAGAGACGACAGAGACUACGACAGCUCCAGGUCAAGACACGACGAAGACAGAUCAAAAGAUCGAGGGCGACGGGAUGACGACGAUCGUCCUCGAGAAAAGCACCGUGACCGCCACCGAGAUGAUGACCGGUACGACUCAUCCUCCUCACACCGCAGUCACCGAGAUCGUGAUAGGGAUAGGGAUAGGGAUAGGGAUAGGAAUCGAGAUCGAGACAGAGACAGCGACCGCCGCCACCGAGACAGAAGAUGA